AUGCCGGACAGCCUCCGAAAUCUCAGUCAGGAGGAGAUCCAGCAGCUGAACAAGAAGCUGGUUCGCAAGAUCGACAUGAUCAUCUUGCCCAUUAUCGGUAUCCUUUACAUCUUGAACUACAUCGACCGUCAGAACUUGGCUGCUGCGAAGUUGCAGGGCAUCAUGCACGAUCUGAACAUGACCACUCAGCAAUUCGCCACUGCCAUCUCGAUUCUCUUCGUUGGAUACUUGCCCUUCCAGAUUCCCUCCAACCUCAUCAUCUCAAGGAUCUCUCGUCCUGGAAUGUACAUUUGCUGCGCCGUCAUCAUCUGGGGAACCAUCUCAGCUUCCACUGCCGCCGUCAAGACAUACGGUCAGCUGCUGGCUGUGCGUGCCAUUCUCGGUGUCGCUGAGGCUGUCUUCUUCCCCGGUGCCAUCUACUACCUCAGUGCCUGGUACACCAAGGGCGAACUUGGCAAGCGUAUCGCCGCUCUCUACAUCGCGCAGCAGUUCGGUAAUGCCUUCGGUGGCUUGUUCGCAGCUGGCAUCUUCCAUUUGGAUGGGACGCACGGCAUCCGCGCAUGGCAAUGGCUCUUCAUCAUCGAGGGAUGCGCCACCGUCGGCAUUGGAAGUAUCUGCGCGUUCUUGAUGCCCGAGUUCCCUCAUAACUCCAAGAUCCUCACCCCCGUCCAGCGUGAGCUCGCCGUGUGGCGCAUCGAGUCCGAGGCUGGUGCGGCAGAGGGAACUGAGAACGAGGGCACCUGGAAGGGAUUCUCCAAGGCUCUGUCCGACCCCAAGCUCUUGAUUCUGAUCUUCUGCAACUUGCUCUCCCAGGCGCAGGGUUCUAUCGCCAACUACUUCCCCACGCUCGUUGCCUCCCUCGGAUACAGCGGAACCACCAGUCUUCUCCUCACCGCACCCCCUUACGUCCUUGCCGGUAUGGUCUACUGGGUUCUCAUGUGGUACUCUGACCGCAAGAACACCGCCUACCCGAUCAUCAUUGGCUGCAUCGCCACGGCAUGCGGCAUGUACAUCAUCCCCAUGGCGACUCUCAACGUCGGAGCCCGCUACUUCUCCAUGAUGAUCCUCCCCUUCGCAUCCGUCGGACCCCAGCUCGUACUCUACAAGACCAUCAACUUGCAUCUCGCCCGUCCCGUUUCGAAGCGCGCGGCCGCCUCCGCCCUCGUCAACGCCAUCGGUGGCACCUCGAACAUCUGGGCUUCGUACCUGUACUUCGCUCCCCCUCAGUUCUACGCCGCGUUCGGAACGCUCAUGGGCUGUGCCGUCCUCUUCGCCCUCACCAUCACCUUCUACAAGUGGCUCGUCAACCGCGAGAACAGGCGUCUUGCUUCGGGCGACCCUGACCAGAUCGCAAAGGUCGUCAAGGGUGGCGUCACGGAGGAGAUGGUGUCUCUCGGCUGGAGGUACGAGAUGUACUAG